AUGGACCAAAAUGGAGAGGGGCCGGGUGUGGAAGAAGAGUCGUGCCUGGGGGGCGGAGUCCCCGCGGAGGAGGAGCGCGGAGCCCCAUGUGCGGAGCCUGAUCUGUGCCAUAGAGUACAGGCUCUGGAGGAAGAGCUGAGGAGCUGUCAAGAAGAGCUGUGCCGUAUCCAGAGACAACUGAGCCUCAGCCAGAGACAGCACCAGACCGCAGAGAGCACCAACCAGGAGCUCAGGAGGCAGGUUGAAGAUUUAUGUCAAGAAAUCCAUGAACAUAGUAAAUCUGUAAAGACUGACAAGGAAGUGCAAACUGAUGAUUACUCUGCCUGGUCAGAUUACUACAACUACUACUAUUCCUAUUAUGAAAAUCAAAACACAAGUACAUCCACCAACGUGGAUGCAAACCAGGAAAGCUGCCCAACUGAGGUGACCCCAGAAACAGCAACAGAUGAACAGGAACCCCCCAAAGCAGACAGCAGUCCAUGUGCAGGAGGAGAACAAGAAACAGAUUAUGCCCAACAUGUUGUGGGUGAGGAAGGAACAUCACUCGCUGAAAGCCUAAGAGCAACUGCAGAAGCUGCUUUGUCUCAAACUGGCUUUACCUAUGAUGAGAACACUGGCCUGUACUACGAUCACAGUACUGGCUUCUACUAUGACUCAGAAUCCCAGCUAUAUUAUGAUCCUUCCACUGGAAUAUAUUACUACUACUGUGAUGUGGAGAGUGGACGAUACCAGUUUCAUUCAAGAGUGGACCUACAAUCCUAUAUGGACACGCACACACAACCAAGCAAAGAAAAGAAAGUGAAGAAGAAAAAACGAGAGCCAGUGAGUUCUCAGGAAGAGGACAGGGCUUCAAAGGAGAUGAGAGAAUCCUUAUCCUGUAGUGCAGAAAAUGACAGAGUAUGUCCAUAUGAAAGGGAAGAGCCUGCUAGUGGAAACAAGAAGCUCAAGCUGAGCAGUCAGGUGGCAGAGUCCAGUACCAGGGACAGCUCCUCUUCUUCUGUAGAUGACAGUGAACCAGAAGAGGGCGAACUCACUGACUCUGAGAAGACCUCCAGUGAUGAAGAAAUGUCCAGUGCAGAGAGUGCCUCUACUCACAACUCUGACACUGAAGGUGAUCAUGAUAGCAGUGCUGACCGUGCGACUGUUUUCUUAGCUAAGUGA